UUGAAUGAUUUUAAGUUUUGUUUCAUAAAUCUUGCUUUACUCUGAGAAUGAGAGUAUUCUGUUACCUAAAAGCUUUAUUGUUUUGCUUUUAUGUUUAAUUUGAAUUCACCUAAAAUUGAUUCUGUCCCUGAGAAAGUUGUAUUCAUUUACCUGUCCACCUACCUACCUAUUUAUUUUAAUUUUUAAUACAAGUAAUUUGUUCAUAAAUCUGAAGUAUUUCACAGCAAAUCCCAGACAUCAUUCAGUUAGCAGUAGAUACUGUAUUUCCAUAUGCAUCUCUAGCAGACAGGACUAUUCUCUUACCCAGCUAAGUUAACCAUAAUUUAUGUCUUGUAAUAUUCAAUCUGUUUUCAAUUUUUAUCAAUUAUCUAAAAAAAAAAAAUUAAUGUUUUACACUUGAUCUUAGCCAAAAGGCUGAGAAGUGAUUAAAAACCUAAAUGUUUUAAUAGCCGUUUGCAUCAGAAUCCAAACAGGGCACACAUAGUGCAUUGGUUGGUAUGUGUCUUAGUCUCUUUUAAUCUGUAUCAUUUUAUCUUUUUAAAUCUUCAUUUAUUUGUUAAAGGAUUUGGGUCAUAUGUUGUGUAGAAUUUUUAACAUUCUGGAUUUGGGUAAUUGUAUUCUCGUGGUCCUUUAAUGUGUUCUUGUUUCUCAUUUCAUGUAAACUGGUCAGUGGAGAGGUGUAAUUAGUGAGGUUUAGUGUUGGUGGUGCUUUGUAUUUCCUAUAGUAUCAGAUGAGAAUGAACAUGCUUGGUUGUUCCAUUUUUAAUAAUGUUAAGAUUGAUCAUUGGGUACAGUUGAUACCAGACUGAUCAAUUUGUUAUAAGGUUCCCUGUCUACUUAUCACUUAAUGGUUUUAGUAGUCGUUGGUGCUUGUGGACCAGCUCUUGAAUUUCACUUUGGGAUCACAGAAUGGUGAAUUUCUAAUUUUAUAAUCUCUCCUGCAUUUAUUAGCUGUAAUUAUUUUAAAAGGAGAAACUUUGUUUCAUUAAGUAUUUGGUUAUCCUGAAACUAGAGAGUCCUGUAGGAAAGUCAUGAUAAAGGCUUGAUUCUAUCCUUUUAUCAAUUUUCAGAAUGAGUUGGUCUCUAGCAACCUGUGUAGGUUACCAUUCAGUUUAACAUUUUUGUUUUUAUUAUCUGAACUUAUACAUUUUUAUAUUUUUAAUGUUUAAAUCUGUCACAGUCAUCCUUUAUUAUGUUGAAAUCUUUUUUCUCUGAUCAAUGAAAACCUCUUCAUUUGGCUCCUGUGUCCGUCCUUCUGACAUGACUCAAGUAUUUCAUGGCCACUUUGUUUUUGUGAUUUGAGAGAGAGGUAUCAGGCUGAUUACAUUUUCUUCCCCAGAACUGGAAUCAGCUGUUUCUUCAAGGAGUACUUGUUUUUCCUUAAUUUAAUGGGAAUUGGUAUUUAGAGAGCACAAUUUGGAUGCUUGGGGCAUUUAUCAUUACUGGGUUUUCAUUGUUUCAUUGUUUCUAGGCCUUUGUAAUGGAUAGACUUAGUAAACAUUUUGUUUUUAAUAAGAUAAAAUACUGAGUUCUUAGAAAUAGUUCUACUUCAGGAAGGAUUUUUAUUUAUUGAAUUUAUAUAGUAGUAUCUUCUUUCUUAUUCUAAAAAUCUUGGAUUCCUUAAUUACAUUGCUAUAUUUGCUUUCUACAAAUUUACGUAAAACACGUAACAAUGUAAUACCAAAAUUACCACUGACAAUAAGAUGCUUGUCCCUAAGAUACAUCCCACUGAGGAUAUUUUAAUCAGAACAUUUUGUUUUGAACUUGAAAUAGUUCUUCGUAUGGCAUUUGUCAUGAACUGGAUUACCAGUUAGGUAGAAUUUGUUUUUGUGAAUAAUGUGAAGGAUAGGUUCAGUUUUGUUUCCAUAUGAAUAGUUCUUUGUCCCAUCAUUACUUAUGGGAAAAACUAAACAAAAUAUCUUUAUUUUUGUCAUGCAAUUUAUGUUGUAUCCGGUGCCCAUAUAUAUGUGGGUCUGUGUCUUAUCUGUGCAUUUUGUUUCCUUGGUCUGUUUUUAUGAAUUCUAUCUGGUCAUACUUAAUAUAUAUUUGCGAAGUUCUUAUUCCUUCCCCCCCCACCCCAAGAAUAUCUUGGCUGUUGGUUCUUUGCAUUUCCUUAUACACUUAAACACCAGUAUGUCAGGUUAUACACACAUACACAUAAUCCUGUAUGGAUUUUCACUGAGAUUACCUUUACUCUAAAUCAAUUUGGGAAGACUUGAUAUUUUUACAAAAUUGAGUCUUCCAGAUUGUGAGCAUAGCAUGUAUUUUCAUUUAUUUAGUCCUUUAAUGUUUGUUAAUGAAGUUUUAUGAUUUUCCCUGUAGAUUAUUUGCAGCUCUCAUUGAGCUUAUUGCAAGAUAUUUAAUACUUUGUUAUUUUUUGAGGCCACUUUAAAUCGAGUCUUUGUUUCGUACCGCAGUUGCUGUUUACAUGAAAAUGCAAUUGAUUUGAAUCUCACAUUCUUGUUGAACUCUUAUUUCUAACAGUUUUUCUGUAGAUGCUUUCAGUUUUCCAUAUUCAUGAUCAUAUCAUUUGUGAAUAAUGAGCUUUGUUUCUUUCUUGUCAAUCCUUACACCUUUUAUUUUUUUUUUCUGGCCUUACUUCUCUGGCUAGGACCUCCUGUACAUUCCUGAAUAGAAGUGGUGAUAGAGGACAUCUUUGUCUUGUUCGUAAUCUCAAAGGGAAAGCUUUCACUGUUUGACCAUUAACCACCCACACAGAAUAUGCCUAUGGGUCCUGGAGGGAUGAAUCAGAGUGGCCCUCCCCCCCCUCCACGCUCUCACAACAUGCCUUCAGAUGGAAUGGUAGGUGGGGGUCCUCCUGCACCACACAUGCAGAACCAGAUGAACGGCCAGAUGCCUGGGCCUAACCAUAUGCCUAUGCAGGGACCUGGACCCAAUCAACUCAAUAUGACAAACAGUUCCAUGAAUAUGCCUUCAAGUAGCCAUGGAUCCAUGGGAGGUUACAACCAUUCCGUGCCAUCAUCACAGAGCAUGCCAGUACAGAAUCAGAUGACAAUGAGUCAAGGGCAGCCAAUGGGAAACUAUGGUCCCAGACCAAAUAUGAAUAUGCAGCCAAACCAAGGUCCAAUGAUGCAUCAGCAGCCUCCUUCUCAGCAAUAUAGUAUGCCACAGGGAGGUGGACAGCAUUACCAAGGACAGCAGCCACCUAUGGGAAUGAUGGGUCAAGUUAACCAAGGCAAUCAUAUGAUGGGUCAGAGACAGAUUCCUCCCUAUAGACCUCCUCAACAGGGCCCACCACAGCAGUACUCAGGCCAGGAAGACUAUUAUGGGGACCAAUACAGUCAUGGUGGACAAGGUCCUCCAGAAGGCAUGAACCAGCAAUAUUACCCUGAUGGUCAUAAUGAUUACGGUUAUCAGCAACCGUCGUAUCCUGAACAAGGCUACGAUAGGCCUUAUGAGGAUUCCUCACAACAUUACUACGAAGGAGGAAAUUCACAGUAUGGCCAACAGCAGGAUGCAUACCAGGGACCACCUCCACAACAGGGAUAUCCACCACAGCAGCAGCAGUACCCAGGGCAGCAGGGUUACCCAGGACAGCAGCAGGGCUACGGUCCUUCACAGGGUGGUCCAGGUCCUCAGUAUCCUAACUACCCACAGGGACAAGGUCAACAGUAUGGGGGAUAUAGACCAACACAGCCUGGACCACCACAGCCACCCCAGCAGAGGCCUUAUGGAUAUGACCAGGGACAGUAUGGAAAUUACCAGCAGUGAAAAAGUACUUACAUUCCAAUAGCCAGUAUCUAUUAGCAGCCAUAUUGUCACCUCAGCACUGUGGAAACCUCCCUGUGAAGAGAUCCUUCCAUUCCAUCUAGUUUUUGGAAAAACCUUGUGGAUAAGUGGCUGUUUCAUCAGUAAGCAGCCUUUGUGGUUUAGUUAUAAAAGGCUUUAGUAGCUCAGAAAUACUCUUGAUUUCACAUUUCUACUCUAGAUGGCAACAUUGGACAGAAAAUGCAAUGACAUAACCAAUUUGUAAUGAUUUUGGAACUGUGUUUCAAAUGGACUGUUACAGACUGAAAGGUGUGAACAGCUUUGUAUGUUUAUGAAGGGUAAGGGAAUUUAAUACUUUUCCACAGAUUUUUUUGUAAGGGGAAGAGGGAAAUGUACACUUUUUACAGUAGCAAUAUUUUGUAUAUUAUGUUUAUUUCAUGUGGUGAAUAUGCAAGGCGGCACACUACGCACUGGACAGAAUCAGAAAUCCUCGGUUAAUGUGGACUGGAGCAUGGUAGAUGCUUGAUUGUUUUGGUCUCAAAAUGGUGUGCUAUGAAGAUAAAGGUGAGGGGAAGACAAAGCACACCAUAUGUCCACUGUUCUGUUCUCAUAGAGGAAAUUCAAAUCCCUUUUAUCUAUUAGAUAAUCAAGGGCACUGUGAUACAGUUUUGAGUAUAAAGACAUUUUUUAAAAGCCUUCCAGUUUUGUGGAUUAAACCUUUUUGUAAAGAUCAUUUAUAAUACUGUUUUAAAAUGUGAGGCAAUAAGAAUUACUUUAUGUCAGAUCUGAGGAGCCUUUGGUAAAACAGUUUAAUAGAAAUGAAAGUGGUAAUCCUCUUCUAAAAUAGCAAUAACUGAAAAGGAAAGUAUUAAUUUUACCUUGUUUGAGUUAUCAGGGAACUUAGUAAUUUUACUAUCAAAGCAUUUUAUAAAUGAUAUCAAAGAAGAGUCAACGUUGAUCCAGUAAUUUUAUUUUGUAACAUUGAGGGAUAAUUGGUUAUUAAACAGAAUAGCUGAGGAGACUUUACAAACCUUUGUUUCAACUUUCUUAUCUGGAAAUAAUGUCAUUUAUAAAGGAACACUUUUAUGUUUUUCCCUUUUUUAUGUUGGUUAAUAUACCACAAAGAGAUAUUUAGGAAAAUGCUUAUUAAUGAGGUUUGUUCUAUCUGUUUUAAAAGCACAGAAGUUGCAUUCUAGAUAACCUUGUUUAUUAGCAGGGCAUAUUUUAAUCAUUAUUUGAGACUGUCCUGUGCCUGAUUAUUUUAGCUAAAUUCAGGGAGAUUGCGUGGGGCAGGAAAGCAUACAUUGAAAAAUUUCUAACCAUGGUUAUUUAAACAUAAUCUGAAAACAUCUAGCCCAAAGGUAAGUUGCUAUUUUCAUCACAGUUGCCUAUGCCCAGGGAAUAAGAUGUAUUAUUUAUAAUUGGAUUGGUUUUUCCCGCUUUUAACUGGAAAUAAAACAGAAGGGGUACCAUUAAUUUGAAUAAGCAGAACAUACUGUUCUCAACAUACUGUAAUCAAAAGGAAGAAUUUGAGUGGGUCUGUGUGUGUGUAAGAGAGUGUGUGUUUCAAGGUCAGAAUAGGUUUGUUUUUUUGUUUGUUUGUUUGUUUGUUUGAGAUGGAGUCUCGCUCUUGUCACCCAGGCUGGAGUGCAGUGGUGAGAUCUCGGCUCACUGCAACCUCUGCCUCCCAGGUUCAAGCGAUUCUUCUGCCUCAGCCUCCUGAGUAGCUGGGAUUAGAGGCGCCUACCACCAUGCCCGGCUAAUUUUUGUACUUUUAGUAGAGACGGGGUUUUGCCAUGUUGGCGAAGCUGGUCUCAAACUCCUGACCUGAAGUGAUCCACCCACCUCGGCUUCCCAAAGUGCUGGGAUUCCAGGUGUGAGCCACCAUGCUUGGCCAGAACAGAUUUUUUUUUUUAAAAACUUGGUCAGUAGAAAAUGAGAAUCAAGUUUGAACAGAUAAAGCAUGGACAGCCUUAUUGUGAUUGAAAUGCUUGUAGGUUCUGUGCCAAUUUUCCACCACUGUGUACUUUGUUGCUAUUUAAAACUGUAUCAACUCUAAUGGAAGAAUAAAUUAUUUGUGAUUUUAA